AGAGCUCUCAAAACAUUUCCUGUAUCACCAGACGAAAAAGCUUCGGUGUGGUAAGUGUGAUGAGGUAUUCACGUCAGAGGCUCGUUUUGCGCAGCACAUGAGGAGUCAUACAGAAAAGUUUAUGUGUGGUACGUGUGAUAAGGUUUUCACGUCAAAGGGUCGUCUUGCCCAGCACAUAAGGGGCCAUACAGAAAAGAAGUCUCACUUGUGUGCUGUAUGUAAUGAAAGUUUUAAGACGAAGGCCAUCCUUUUGCAACACAAACAAACGCAUACCAGAGAAAAACGGUUUGCGUGUCCGGAAUGUGGUAAGAAAUUUCCAAAGAGGGCAAGGCUGGCUGUUCACAUGAGGACUCACACUGGUGAAAAGAAUUAUAAAUGCUCACAAUGCGACAAAGCAUUUAGCAUAGCCGGUAACCUUGAGAGACAUAAGCUUACAGUACAUACCGGUGUCAAGGCUUUUUCUUGUUCCUUGUGUGAUGUCAAGUUCACUGCUAAAUGGAGUUGCGAUGCCCACAUCGUGAAAUUCCACCCCGAAAAAUGUCUGUAUGAGUGUUCCGAAUGCAGUCGGAAAUUCCUCACAAAGGGUUCCCUCGAGGAUCACAUUUUGAGAGUACAUGGUGAAGACACUGAUCCACACAAAUGCAAAAGGUGUGAUGAGAAAUUUGCUACAAUGGGCAGUCUACGUGAACACGCUUUGAGAAUACACCCGAAAAGGCCGAAUGUUGAGCGUAACCAGUGCUCCGAUUGUGAUAAAACCUAUUCUUCAAAGCAAGGUCUUCUUGCUCAUAGAUGGAUGAUCCACUCAGAGGGAAAGUUACCUGAGUGUGGGGAAUGUGGAAAGCGAUUUAAGUCGAAAGCUUCCCUGCGGUACCACCAAAGAGUCCACAGGGGUGAAAAGCCUUUCCAUUGUCCCGAGUGUGAUGCGAGGUUCCAUCUGAAGAACAUCCUCAAUAACCACAUGAAGAUCCACUCGCUGGAGAAACCUCACCACUGCCCCGACUGCAGCAUGAGAUUCAACUCUGGGCAUAACCUUGCAAGGCAUCGUAAGAAACACACAGGUGAGAAGUCCUUUCAGUGUUCCAUUUGUGGCAGAAUGCUGGGAAGGAAGCAGGCUCUUAAUGAACACAUGAUGACGCACACCGGGGAGCGACCGUUCUGGUGCCAACAUUGCGAUAAAGGUUUUGUUUCAAAGACGGAACUUAGGAGGCAUUUAACGAAACAAGCGAGUGCACAGCCACAUCCGUGUCCUAAAUGUACAGAGACCUUUCCUUAUAAGUGCAGCCUUAAGAAUCAUAUAAAAAUGAUGCAUUGACGAAAUCUAUUCCAGAUUGGAACCAGUUUUGGUGCCAACAUUGCGAUAAAGGUUUUGUCUCAAAGACGGAACUUAGGAGGCAUUUAACGAGACAAGCCAGUGCACAGCCGCA